AUGCAUGCAUGCAGUGAUAAAAAAGUCCGCACAGUUCCUCGGAGAAAGGCUGAAGUGGCACCUUCUCAGCCGCCGCGCUCCCCCAGCCCUGAACUGUCAUCUACUCUCGAGACAGUAUUUUCGCCAGCGGCACAGCAGUUUGUCAAAACUGUAUCUGGGAUACCUAAUGUUAUUCUUCAAUCGCUCAUUCAAGCUGCUGAUCCCGACUCAUGCAUUGCGAAAGGGUCUCCUAUCCCUGAUGAACCAACUCCUAAUCCAGAAGUGAUGCGCGAGCUCAUCCAGCUUUACCUGCGCUAUUCCCAUCCGAUUCACCGGAUAGUGAACGACCAAGACCCCGAUUUUUGGCCACGGCUGUAUGACCGUCUCACUCCCGAAGCGGCAUCGAUUGUCUAUGCCAUGUGUACCGUAGGAGCUCUUUAUAGGAACAGGCCUCCUGGCGCAGAGAACCUCGACGAGAUGGUGGGAUAUUUUUAUCGCCGCACAAUAGCUGUACAUGAGACGCGGUCCGAGGAUAUCAUAAGCAUCCAGACAAUGUUAAUCCUUCAAAACUUUUUAGUGAUCACUCUUCGGUCAGAGGAAUGUGCCAAAUUCCUUGGUCGAAUGCUAAAGAUUGCAAAUGAUAUUAGGCUAGCAGAGACGGUACAAAAAAUAGCCUCUCAACCCACCAUGUCCCCAGAAGAUGUUGUUGUGCGCAACACAUGGCGGUUGCUCAUUUGGACAGAGAUUAUGGGCAACAUGCUCUCUUUGAACAACGGCCCUGUAGAUCCUAUGAAAGACCUUACAAACGCAUAUCUCGAUGCACGUCCUGAAGAGAUGCCAAGCUCAAAGCUCUCAUCGGGUGAAAUCGCCUAUUAUCAUUUUGGGUGUCUACUCAAGAUCUUUCAAAGCAUCACAAGAAUCCGACUGCCAAUGUCGGCAGGGUACCUUUAUCCUGUGACUACCACAUUGGAUGCUCUUGCCAAUUGGCAUAAUAGUCUGCCAAAGCAUAUGCGAGUUAAUCCUAGGACUGGUGGGGCAGCGGCGCUGUCAUCUCAUGCAUCCAAUCUAGAUCUUUAUUAUCGAUUGGGCCAUAUUGUUCUAUUGAACAAUCUACCUCAGUCAGUGCGAUCAAGCUCAACGGGCCUAGGCCCCAGGCGUGAUUCACCCUUGCGGAUGCUAGCUACCUUUGCCAAUGGCAUUACCGCCACAGUGGGUGACAUCGUUAUGGAGCCGGACCUGCGCAACUUUUCCAUUAUCAUUGGCAUGCGUUGCCUGACAGAAGCCGCCACGAUUCAGACAGCCAACUCAAAGGAGCCAGACCCCGCUAUUUCGACACCCGCAAAGGUGAAUCUAAUGAAGACCCUCUGGUGCAUCAGGCAAUUCAAUUUUGCAGUGACGUCAAAAGCUAUAGGAGGCAUUUUGACAUCAUUCGACUUGGCUGCCAAACAGGCAUCUGUUCCACAGACAGCUAACACUCUCGUAUGCCUUCAAACAGCCAUACCUACGGAUUCUCCUACGCUUCCUGGACCUUCUCAUAAUAGGCGCGAGCAUUCCUUAGCAUCAGAUUAUACCUCCUCAACAGCUUCUACACGUGAGAGAUCUUAUAUGACCAGUUAUGAGAUAGACGAUGCAGGCAAUCCAGACAAGGAGCGACCUUCACGUGAUAGCGCAACUGCCCCGACGGUUACUCUGGAGUCCCCAAUAACUGGUCAGCACAGAUCCAAUAUACCUAUGCCCGGUUCAACUUCUCAAAGUGCUGGUGGCGUAACAGACUCAUCUACGAAAACAAACCAUCGGGUAGUAGAUGGUGACCGAUCCAGAUCGUCCCCAGUAUUGAUGUUUUCGCCCAAGUUAGAGAGCCCUGGCGGUGCAGCGUCUACCGCUACCUCUGGUAGCCGCUCGCCUAUGCCUCCUCCCCCUCAAGCCACCUAUGAUCGCUCACAGUCUAACACCCAAUAUGGACAAGACCACAAUCAGCCCUAUCAUAGUCGUCGUGCUCCAGAAACUAUUCCACAACGGCACUAUCUUGAUGGCCAUGGCAGCUCACAAACAAAUGAGCAUGUGUCUAACCCUAGAGCAUCUGCCUGGCCGCAACCUCAUAGGAGCGACGGGACUGAUGGUCAAGACUACUUUGAUUCAUCGCAUCAGCAACAGCACAAUCAAAUAAAACGUCCUACUGGACCGCAGCCACCUCACCUCAGCACAGCAACCUUACCCCCUAAUUCCUCCCACCCUUACCAGCAGAGUUCGCAUACGCCGCUCUCUGAUGCGUCAGAUAUUGGCGCUCAUCAUCAUGGAUUUAGUACUGGAUACUCGCGUCCGUCAUCAUCUCCUUCUACCUCUUCCCAUGGCAAUUACUCUCGCCCGCCACGAAGCAAUAGAGUUGAGAUUGAUCCUUAUAUGGACAGCGCAGGUGCAUCCACAUUGCCUAUGACACAGCCGGACACUGAAUAUACUUCGCCUCAGCAGAGCACGUCUCGUCCAGGACAAGCACAAGGGCAAACACAAGGGCAAACACAAGGGCAAGCGCCAUCCGGAACCGAUUCAGCGUUUCAUUCAUCGCGGCCAAUCACCCGUCCUGAAUAUUCUAGCUCGGAUUACAGUCAUGGACACAAGGAGCAGAUUACAAUAAUGGGAACAUUUUGA